AUGUAUAAGGUGUGUAUAGUCGAAACAGUCCCCCGGAUGUUAAGAAUGUUGAGCCAAGGGGGGACCCUAUAUGCCCGUGUUGGGUCGAACGCCCACCUACAAUGUUCCUUCACUGGUAAUGGUUAUGAUUCGUUCAGAGCCCCAGUUCUGUGGUCCAAACGACAGCUAUCUGAUGACGUCAUCGAAAUUAAUCACAUGAGCCAAAUUCAGUUGCCGUUCUUUCAAAGUGCCAGGUUUUCUAUCAGUUUCACAAAUAACUCGGCCAACACGUACUCAACGGACCUUGCAAUCAGCGAACUGAAGCCCACGGACACUGGCAAUUACACAUGUCAAGUAAAAUGGCCGCGAGAGAAUGUCCUCGUCCACUACGAACUCGUUGUCCUGAGCGGCCCUGACAUCAAAUCUUCUCUUCAAGUACUCCGAACCACUCAGCACAAUUCCGAUAAUGCAGUUUACGAAACGAUAUCUCGAUACCGAUACCGAAACCAGCAUCACAACCAUCACUUUUUAAAUACGAUUCCUUACUUUUAUAGCAACAACAUCAUCAGCAGCAGCAACAACAACAACAAAAACAACAACAAUGAGGUUGAAAGUAUCAGCAUCAACAACAUCAACAGCAAUCACAUGUACAGCCAGCAACACCAUCCUAACGUUAACAAGCAUCGCCAUAGCAACAAGCACGGCAACAAUUUGCAGCAUCAACAACAUCAUCUUCAUCAUCCAUCCUACCCUCACCGCCAACAAAACAACAUCAUCAACAACAACAACAUCAACAACAACAACAACAUCAAAAACGACUUGGUCUUGGCGAUUCGCGAGAAGGACGAAACUACAGUUACGUGCGAAGUCGUCAGCGGCUUCUUGAUACCGGCAAUAUCGAUAUUCGUUAAAAACCGUAACAUCACCGAUCUAUUCGAACGGAAGAUCGUAAGAAACGUCGAGGGCCAAAGGCCGUUUCGCUUGAUCUGGCAUGUGAUCACAAUGACGUCACAUAAAUUGACGUUUCGCUACAGCGAUGACGAUUCCAAUCUCAUCUGCCAGGCAACAAAGAAGCAGCAACAGAAUAAAAAAGCUAUCCUAAUGAACGAGUGUAGUAUCGUUAAUGACGAUGACGACGAAGAUGAAGAAGAAGACGAUGAUGAAGAAGAAGAAGAAGAAGAAGAUGAUGAUGAAGAAGAAGAAGAUGAUGGUGAUGAUGAAGAGGAGGGGAAGGAGGGGGAGGACAAUAAUCGGGGUGUCAUCAAGAGAUGCUCAGUUGACGUGCAUAAAUUUAAGGGUGUUGGGGUCCAUCGGGCCGAGAACCUCGAUGCAUAUUGGCAAGAAUUCCAUCGAGGGGAGGGCAUUCCCAUAUUUUUUCAUUUUCUCACACGCAGGAACCGCUGCAACAAGCACGAAAUGUGGUUAGUUGCGAAAAACAGUUCCCUGCUGUCGCCUGAUCUGACGCUGAUCAUUUUACAUAUUGCCUUAAGAAGAUUAAGGAUGUUGGGGUCCAUCGGGCCGAAAACCUCGAUACAUAUUGGCAAGAAUUCCAUCGACGGGAGGGCGUUCCCAUAUUUUUUCAUUUUCUCGUCCGCUGCCCUGGCCGCGGCCAAACCGCAUUCUUUACUUGUCAGGUUUACGUAUCGUUUGGCGAGGGUGCCAGGGACCGUAACAUCCCACGCCAAUCGUUCGGCGAGGGUGCCAGGGACCGUAACAUCCCACGCCAAACAUCUGCCGGCUCUCCAAGGUAUUAGUGUGCAUCCGUCCGAGCGCCUACCAUCAUGCGCAGAAAUGCCGGAUGGUUCCUUGAGAACCGGGAUUGAAGCCUUGGAGAAGAGCCGACAAAUGUGCUGGAGUCGUAGGCCAUCCAGGCCUCCAGAAGAACCGUUUUUGAACGAUUUAACGGCCCUCAGCACCUCGGUGGAAGAAACGCAACCAGCCGUUGGUGUCAAUGCUGGAAAGACCCGCCUGUCCACCGGAGUUUUUGGGUGGAUGGAACAUAAUUUAUCGAAGGUGGCCGGCGAGCUCUCCGCCAGGCCCUCCAGCGAACAGACAAGUCUGACAGCCGAGGACAGGCGGCUCGAUAAGCAUUAA